UGGACGUCGGCAAAGUUCUCUCGGCUUUCACACACUGCAGGCAACUUUAUGCCAUGGCAGUUUGCUUGUGGUGACUGGUGAGUCUCUUCACCUGACUGAGGGAAACACACACAGGCAGGAUUUUUGCACCAUGCAGGGCCGGGCAGGAAAAGCCCCCAAACGGGAGAUGGUUAUAGAGUCCCCGCAGCAGUACAAGAGCCUGGCUGAGAUUGAGGCAGAGGUGGAGGCUGUGUCACAGGUGGCAGCGGUGAAGCCAAAGGUCAUCGAGCCACUAGACUAUGAGAAUGUGGUUCUGCAGAGGAAGACUCAGAUCAUCAGUGAUGUUCUACGGGACAUGCUGCAGUUUCCCACCGAUGACUUCCAGAUCUCCACCUUGAGGCGCCAGGGCAGGACUCUGUUCUCGACUGUGCCGGAGACUGCUGAGAAAGAAGCUCAGUCGCUGUUUGUCCAAGAGUGUAUCAAAACCUACAAGUCUGACUGGCAUGUGGUCAAUUACAAGUAUGAGGAGUAUUCAGGAGACUUCCGCCAGCUCCCAAAUAAGGUGUUGAGACCUGAGAAGCUGGCAGCUCACCUGUUUGAGGUGGAUGAAGAUGUGGAAAAAGACGAGGACACAGCCUCCCUCGGAUCACAGAAGGGAGGAGUGUCUAAACAUGGUUGGCUCUACAAAGGCAACAUGAACAGUGCAAUCAGUGUGACAAUGCGGUCCUUCAAGAGGAGAUACUUCCAUCUGGCUCAGCUGGGGGAUGGAUCCUACAACCUCAACUUCUACAAAGAUGAAAACACCUCAAAAGAACCCAAAGGAACCAUCUUUCUUGACUCGUGCAUGGGGGUCGUUCAGAACAGCAAGGUGCGUCGCUUUGCCUUUGAGCUGAAGAUGCAGGAUAAGAGCACGUUCCUGCUGGCUGCAGACAGCGAGGCAGAGAUGGAGGAGUGGAUCGGCACACUCAACAAGAUUCUCCACAGCAGCUUCGAACAGGCCAUGCAGGAGAAGAGGAACGGAGACCUGCAUGACGAUGAGGAGCUCGGAAAAACAGACAUCUCCUCCGGAAGUUUUCAGGACUGCUUUCAGACUGCCAGAGAUAUCGAGUCCAAAAUGAGGAGUGAGGCUCGCCUGAAACUGUUCACUCUGGACCCUGACACACAGAAACUGGACUUCUCGGGCAUAGAGCCUGACGUUCGGCAAUUUGAGGAGAAGUUUGGAAAGAGAGUCCUUGUCAACUGUCAAGACCUGUCGUUCAACCUGCAGGGCUGUGUUGCAGAUAAUGAAGAGGGACCAACAACCAAUGUCGAGCCGUUCUAUGUGGUCCUGUCCCUAUUUGACGUCCAGAACAGUAGAAAGAUUUCCGCUGACUUCCACGUGGAUCUCAAUCACCCUUUGGUUCGACAAAUGACGUCAGGCUCCAGAAGCGGGCAGGAUUUACACAUUAAUGGCAGUGGAGAUGGUCCUCUGGCUGCUCAACGGCAGGCCAGUGGACUCCCGGAGGGGGCUCUGCAGUACCCCAAACAGGGGGUUUUCUCUGUCACAUGCCCCCAUCCGGAUAUCUUCCUGGUGGCAAGGAUUGAGAAGGUGCUGCAGGGGGGGAUCACCCACUGCACUGAACCCUACAUGAAGAGCUCAGACUCCGCUAAGAUGGCUCAAAAGGUGCUGAAAAAUGCAAAGACAGCCUGCAGCAGACUGGGCCAGUACAGGAUGCCUUUUGCUUGGGCUGCAAGGCCUGUUUUCAAAGAUGCAUCAGGAACUUUGGACAAAAGCACUCGCUUUUCUGCUCUCUACAGGCAGGACAGCAGCAAGCUGUCAGACGAGGACAUGUUCAAACUGCUCACCGACUUCAGAAAGCCAGAGAAAAUGGCCAAACUGCCAGUGCUCUUAGGAAACUUAGAUGUAACAAUUGACAGUGUGGCCCCGGAUGUAACCAAUUGUGUGACUUCAUCUUACAUCCCUGUAAGGAACUUUGAAGGCAACGGACCUGGCAGUGCUCAUCUGGAGGUGGAGGAGUUUGUCCCCUGCAUCGCUAAAUGCUCCCAACCAUUCACCAUCUAUAAAAACCAUCUCUAUGUUUACCCAAAACACCUCAAAUAUGACGGACAGAAAUCCUUUGCUAAGGCGAGGAAUAUUUCUGUUUGCAUUGAAUUCAAGGAUUCUGAUGAGGAUGACGCCCCGCCAUUAAAGUGCAUCUAUGGUCGGCCAGGAGGUCCCCUAUUCACUAAGCAGGCAUAUGCAGCUGUUCUGCACCACCAGCAAAACCCUGAGUUUUAUGAUGAGAUAAAGAUAGAGCUGCCAACUCAGCUGCAUGAAAAGCAUCACCUUCUGUUCACCUUCUAUCACGUUAGCUGUGACAGCAACAGCAAGAAGAAAGACCUUGUGGAAACUCCUGUGGGUUCAGCAUGGCUGCCUCUGCUCAGGGACGGCAGAGUCAUCAUGAAUGAACAGCUGCUGCCUGUCGCUGCAAAUCUGCCUGCCGGGUACCUGAGCUCACAGGAUGGAGUCAACAAGCACUCAGGCUCUGAAAUCAAAUGGGUCGAUGGAGGAAAACCAUUGUUCAAACUCUCAACUCAUCUUGUUUCUACAGUUUACACUCAGGAUCAGCACUUGCACAACUUCUUCCACCACUGUCAAAGCAUGGAGAUGUCAGAACAAGCUUUAGAGGGGGAGCUGGUUAAAUACCUGAAGAGUCUGCAUGCGAUGGAAGGUCAUGUUAUGGUCAACUUUCUGCCCAUCGUCCUCAACCAGCUCUUCUGCGUCCUCACCAGAGCUACACAUGAGGACGUGGCUGUCAACGUGACAAGGGUGAUGGUUCACAUUGUAGCACAGUGCCAUGAAGAAGGGCUUGAACAUUACUUGAGAUCUUAUGUCAAGUUUGUGUUUAAGCCAGAGCCUCAUUCGUCCCCCAAUGUGAGAACAGUUCACGAGGAGCUGGCUAAAGCCAUGACCGCCAUUCUCAAGCCAUCCACAGACUUCCUGACAAGUAAUAAGCUGCUAAAGCACUCAUGGUUCUUUUUUGAAGCAUUGGUAAAAUCCAUGGCUCAGUAUCUCAUAGAGAGCGGGAAGGUCAAGCUCUCCAGAAACCAGCGCUUUUCUGCAUCAUUCUAUCAUGCAGUGGAGACUCUGGUGAAUAUGCUGAUGCCACACAUCACCCAGAAAUACAAGGACAACCUGGAUGCAGCUCGCAAUGCUAACCACAGCCUGGCAGUUUUUAUUAAGCGCUGCUUCACCUUUAUGGACAGAGGCUUCGUAUUCAAACAGAUCAACAACUACAUGAACUGCUUCGUACCUGGAGACCCUAAGACUUUGUAUGAGUUCAAGUUUGAGUUCCUGAAGGUUGUUUGCAACCAUGAGCACUUCGUCCCUCUUAAUCUGCCCAUGCCCUUUGGAAAGGGCAGAAUUCAAAGGUUCCAGGAUCUUCAGCUGGACUAUUCCCUCACGGACGACUUCUGUAGAAACCACUUCCUGGUGGGGCUCCUGCUGAGGGAGGUGGGGGGGGCUCUUCAGGAGUACAGAGAGAUCCGUCAGAUCGCAGUCCAGGUGCUGAAGGGGCUGAUGAUCAAACACACAUUUGACGAUCGCUAUGCUGCGAAAAGCCAGCAGGCCAGACUUGCAACCCUCUACCUUCCUCUUUUUGGCCUGCUCCAGGAAAAUGUCUACAGACUUGACAUCAAGGAGUCAGCCCCACUAAACAACCACAAUAAUGCCCGGGACGACUCUCUGGUGCCAAACUCCAUGGUGACUCCUCAGAAACCUGGCAGCUGCAUAGAAAAUGCCCUCCACAAAGAUGUGUUCGGGGUCAUCUCUGGAACAGCCUCCCCUCACAGCUCCACUCCCAACAUCAGCUCGGUUCACCACGCAGAUUCCAGAGGUUCCCUGGUUUCUACGGACUCUGGAAACAGCCUGCUGGACAAAAGCAGUGAAAAAACCAACUCCCUGGAAAAGAACCAGUGUGCAUCCGCUCUGGGCAGCUCUUUGCUGCGUUGUGACAAACUGGACCGCGAUGAGAUCAAAAACCUGCUCAUGGGCUUUCUGCAUAUCCUCAAGAGCAUGUCAGAGGAGGCCCUGUUUGCAUACUGGAAUAAAGCAGCCCCCUCAGACUUAAUGGACUUCUUUACAUUAAUAGAAGUCUGCCUCCAUCAGUUUAAAUACAUGGGGAAGAGAUUCAUCGUCAGGAGCCAGGAGGUUGUCGGGCCAGUAGCUUCUGACAGGAAAUCUCUGACCCUGCCUGUGUCUCGUAACAGGGCGGGGAUCCUGCACGCUCGCCUGCAGCAGCUGGGAACUCUGGAAAACGCUCACACCUUCAACAACAUGUACUCUCAUACAGACGCAGACGUGAGCAGCCAGUGUCUGCUGGAGGCCAAUGUUUCUACAGAGGUCUGUCUGACUGUGCUGGACACACUCAGCAUCUUUAUCAUGGGGUUCAAGACGCAGCUGAAUUCAGAUCUGGGUCACAACCCCCUGAUGAAGAAAGUUUUCCAGGUGCAUCUGUGCUUCCUGCAGAUCCCUCAGUCAGAGGCCGCCCUCAAACAGGUCUUCACCUCACUCAGGACAUUCAUCUACAAGGUGAAAGAGGAUAUGAUAAAUCUAUUUUCCCCCUGCACCUUCUUUGACGGCCGGGCCGACAUGUGUGCCUCUCUUUGUUAUGAAAUCCUCAAGUGCUGUAACUCCAAGCUAAGCUCAAUCCGUAGUGAUGCAGCACAUCUUCUUUAUUUCCUCAUGAAAAGCAACUUUGACUACACCGGACGAAGGUCUUUCGUACGAACACACCUGCAGGUGGUGAUUGCUGUCAGUCAGCUGAUUGCUGAUGUCAUCGGCAUCGGGGGUACCCGUUUCCAGCAGUCUCUCUCCAUCAUUAACAACUGUGCCAACAGUGACAAAUCCAUAAAGCAUACAGCAUUUCCAUCAGAUGUAAAGGACCUAACGAAGCGCAUCAGGACGGUGCUAAUGGCCACGGAGCAGAUGAAGGAGCACGAAAACGAUCCGGAGAUGUUGGUAGACCUUCAGUACAGCUUGGCCAAAUCCUACACCAGCACGCCUGAGCUCCGCAAGACCUGGCUGGACAGCAUGGCUCGGAUCCACAACAAGAACGGAGAUUUAUCAGAGGCAGCCAUGUGUUAUGUGCACGUUGCCGCUUUGGUAGCCGAAUAUCUGUGGAGGAAAGGCAUGUUCAGGCAGGGCUGCUCAGCUUUCCGUGUGACCACUCCCAACAUCGAUGAGGAGGCAGCCAUGAUGGAGGACGUGGGGAUGCAAGACGUUCACUUCAACGAGGAGGUGCUGAUGGAGCUGUUGGAGGAGUGUGCUGAUGGACUCUGGAAGGCGGAGCGUUAUGAGCUCAUCGCUGACGUCUACAGGCUCAUCAUCCCCAUCUAUGAACAGCGCAGAGACUUUGAGAAACUGACACACCUGUAUGACACCCUCCACCGUGCCUAUACGAAGGUGAUGGAGGUGAUGCACACUGGCAAGAGACUUCUGGGUACUUACUUCAGGGUGGCCUUCUUUGGACAGGGCUUCUUUGAGGAUGAAGAUGGAAAGGAAUACAUCUACAAGGAGCCAAAGUUCACUCCGCUGUCUGAAAUCUCCCAGAGGCUACUGAAGCUCUACUCCGACAAGUUCGGCCAGGAGAACGUCAAAAUCAUUCAGGACUCCGGCAGGGUGAACCCAAAAGACCUAGACUCCAAAUACGCCUACAUCCAAGUGACUCACGUCACUCCCUACCACGACGACAAGGAGUUGGAGGACAGGAAAACCGACUUUGAGAAGAGCCACAACAUCCGGCGCUUUGUGUUCGAGACGCCGUUCACGGUGUCGGGGAAGAAGCAGGGCGGAGUGGAGGAGCAGUGUAAACGGAGGACUAUUCUAACCACCACCCACUGUUUCCCCUACGUGAAGAAGCGUAUAGCCGUCAUGUACCAACACCAGACCGACCUGAGCCCCAUCGAGGUGGCCAUAGACGAGAUGAGCGCCAAGGUGGCCGAGCUGCGCCUCCUGUGCUCGGCCUCUGAGGUGGACAUGAUCCGACUGCAGCUCAAACUGCAAGGCAGCAUCAGCGUUCAGGUCAAUGCAGGUCCUCUUGCUUACGCCAGAGCCUUCCUGGAUGACAGCAGUGCCAAGAAGUAUCCAGACAAUAAGGUCAAACAACUCAAAGAGGUGUUCAGGCAGUUUGUGGACGCCUGCGGUCAGGGGCUGGGAGUGAACGAGCGGCUGAUCAAAGAGGACCAGCAGGAGUAUCAUGAUGAGAUGAAGGCAAGCUACAGGGACCUGGCCAGGGAGCUGUCAAACAUCAUGCAUGAACAGAUUAACCCAGUGGAUGACGGCACGAGGAGCGCGCUGUCAGACUCAAUGGGCAUCUUCAACGCCAUCAGUGGCACACCAACCAGUGCCAAUACACACGGCUCCACCACCAUUCUCUGAUCCAGAGGUUUCACACCAGACUCAUGCCUUUCUCACCACUAAGUUACUGAUUUAACAGCCUGACAGUCAAUAGGAAUAUAACACAUUUAAAGUACCUUAACACAACCUGAAGAAAUCAUUUGUUGUUAUUUUGUCAUCUUUCUCAGUACAUGUUAUCAUUAGGCAUUGUGCUCAUCUAUCUUGUUUCCUAUGGAGACCAUAGUCAACUAACACACUUUGAAAAUGAGUGAUUCUACAGGAUUAAUGCAAGAUUUGGGUCCUUUAUCUUUUUUGUAUACUUUUUAAAUAGCGUGUUAGUUGGGGUUAAUUAUAUUUGAUGACACAGCAAGUGUGUAUCCAAUACUGUGACUUUCAACAGAGCUCCACCGAGGGGAUGUCGCAACAAACAUGAGGGACUUCAGUAUUCACAUCUGACCUAGGUCUACAUCUUAUCUGUUUUCUAUCUGCAGGGCUCCCAUUAUUGUACAGUGUUUGUAAGAGUUCAACAACUUUUUUCAACGCAACAAAUCAAAAAGCGACCAUUGAAAGCAUACAUACAUCCUUUUGCUAAUGCGCAGUAUUUUUGUUAUACUUUUCCAUUGAGGCGCUGUUACAGCAGAUGCAUCGGAGUGGAUUUGUAUGUGACUUCAAAAGACUUAUUCUCUCUAUUUUAGGCAAAUGGACGUGUAAAGAAUCAGUCUAAAGCCAAGUGAACCACGAUGUUUCAAACUAUUUUCUGUAAAGAAAAGUGUGCAAUAUUUUCUAUUGUUAUCAAGGCAACCUACUGCACAGAAAACCACUCUUGCCAAAGACAUUAGAAGACAUGCUGUGCAAUGCAAGACAAGGGUGCAACUAUUUUUAAUCUACCCCCUUUUUUCGUUGUCUGUCAUGUAGAUGCCUUUUAUUAUCUGUGUGGUAAAAUGCAAAAGUUUUUAUGUAAUUCUGCUCAUGUAAAUAUGUUUAAGACAUAAAUAAAAGAAGAAACUGUUAUAAUA